AUGUCGAACUUGGAGACGCUACGGCUGUCUUUCAAUUUCAUUGAGGGGACCGUUCCAACAGAAUUUCAGAAUCUUCAUAAUUUGAAGAAUUUGAUUAUUGCGAGUAAUCAGCUUUCCGGUCCUUUGCCUCUCCAUGCAUUCAAUAUUUCCUCACUGGAAAUCAUUGUCUUCAUGUAUAACAGCCUAUCGGGCAUUCUUCCGGACGACGUCUGUCAGCGCCUGCAGAAACUUACAUGGCUUAAUCUAGCAUAUAACAAUUUGAUCGGUCCAAUUCCUUCAACACUGUCUCAGUGUUCACUGCUUCGGUAUCUUGCCUUGCCUGGGAACCAUUUAAGUGGACCGAUACCAAAGGGAAUUGGGAACUUGACAACGCUGGAAACACUACGCCUGGAGAGCAACAAUUUAACGGGUGUAAUUCCAAAUGAAAUAGGGAAUCUAACUAUGUUGACUGGUUUAGGUUUUGGCGACAACAAGUUGACUGGUGGAAUACCCGAAAAUAUUGGGAACCUUCACAGAUUGGAGGAGCUUUUUAUAAACAGCAAUGCAUUAUCGGGCUUCCCACCAGCAGCAAUUUUUAACAUUUCAUCUCUCCAACGUAUUGGACUUGAGCAGAACAAAUUCUCAGGACCUAUUCCUUUGACAGCGAGUAAUAAGCCAAGCAAUUUGGAGAAUCUUUUUCUUCAUCAGAAUUACUUGAGCGGAGUUAUACCUAGCUCCAUCGCAAAUGCUACUAAGCUAGGUUUUUUGUCGCUUUACAAUAAUGAGCUCACAGGUUCAAUCCCUACCUCUUUAGGAAGUUUAAGAAAUCUAAAAUUUCUAGGCUUGGAUUCCAACAGGCUAUCAAGUGAAUCCUCAGAAUUGAGCUUUUUCACUUUCUUGACGAGUUGCAGAUCCUUGACAUAUUUAGUGUUGGAUGAUAAUCCUCUAAAUGGUUUUUUACCAGCUUCCUUUUCUAACUAUUCGACUUCACUUGAAGCCAUAAGUGCAAUGAGUUGUAAAAUCAAGGGAAACAUCCCAGAUGGAAUCAGAAAUUUGAGCAAUUUAGUGCAACUAGAAUUUUCAGGUAAUGAAUUGAUUGGAUCUGUCCCAAGAACUAUGCAUAGUCUGGCAAAUCUUCAGGUGUUUUACUUGGACUCCAAUCAAGUAAGAGAUGUCUUGGACAUUUUCUGUGGAUUACAUAGUUUGGGGUUGUUAGACUUGAGCCAAAAUCAAUUCUUUGGUAGUAUUCCAGAAUGCUUAGGAAAUAUGACAAAUUUGAGACAAAUUUUUCUAGACUCCAACAGGUUGACUUCCAUGAUACCUGCUAAACUAUUGAGCAUGAAAGAUCUCGAAAUUCUCAACCUUUCAUCAAAUUUCAUAAGUGGAUCGUUACCUUUAGAGAUCGGGAACCUCAAAGCAAUGUACAGUUUGGAUCUCUCGGCUAAUCAAUUGUCAGGCAUUAUUCCUACUACAAUUGGGGAGCUGCAAGCUUUACAGAAUCUUUCAUUGGCAAAAAAUAAUUUGCAGGGCUCUAUACCAGAAUCAUUUAGCCAUAUGGUCAGCUUGGAAUUCUUGGACCUUUCACACAAUAAUCUCUCUGGCGUGAUACCCAAGUCAAUGGAGGCACUCAAAUCUCUCAAGGAAUGCAAUGUUUCUUUUAAUAGAUUAAGCGGCGAAAUUCCUCGAGACGGUCCCUUCAGAAACUUUACAGGUCAAUUGUUCAUGAACAAUGAAGGACUCUGUGGUGACCCAAGGCUUAGUGUUCCACCAUGUCAGAGCAAUUCAGUUAGAAGAUCAAGCAAAAGAAAGGUACUUCUACUUGUCAUUAGUCUGUCAGGAAUUGUAGCAAUACUAAUAAUAGCAAUUGGAGCAUUAUUGAAUCUAAGGUGGCUAAAGAAACCAAAGACUUCUGGUGGAACAGAGUUGAUGCCCACGGCAAAAUAUGAAAGAUUUUCAUACUAUGACCUUUUGCACUCAACCGAUAACUACAAUGAAAGCAAUUUGCUUGGAGAAGGGAGCUAUGGUUCUGUUUACAAAGGGAUCCUAAGUGAUGGCACUGUUGUGGCUAUCAAGGUAUUCAACUUGCUAGUGGAAGGUUCAUUAAAAAGUUUUGAUAGAGAGUGCGAGGUACUAAGGAGUUUACGCCAUCGAAAUCUUACAAUGGUGCUCGGCAGCUGCUCUAGCCCUGAUUUUAAAGCCUUGGUACUCAAAUACAUGCCCAACGGGAAUCUUGACAAGUGGUUGUACUCUCACAACCAUUUUUUAGAUAUGUUUCAAAGAAUAAACAUAAUGAUUGAUGUUGCUUGUGCAUUGGAAUAUCUCCAUUAUGGUUAUGAUACUCCCGUGGUACAUUGUGACUUGAAGCCCAGUAAUAUAUUGCUUGAUGGAGAUAUGGCUGCUCAUGUAAGUGAUUUUGGUAUAGCAAAAAUGUUGGGUGAAGGAGAAAGUAUUUUGCAUACCAACACCCUUGCAACACUGGGAUACAUUGCACCAGAGCAUGGAUCAGAGGGGAUGGUUUCGACAAGAAUUGAUGUAUACAGUUUUGGAAUAGUUUUGAUGGAAAUUUUUUCAAGGAUGAGGCCUGGUGAUGAAAUGUUUUCAGGAGAUUUAAGCCUUAAAAGUUGGGUAGAAGAUUCUCUUCCUGAUGCACUCCAGGUCGUUGAUGCAAACCUGAUCAGGCCAGAGGAUGAGCAUUUCACGGAAAAGAUGAAGUGUGUUACGUUGAUUAUGAAAUUGGCUUUGAACUGCUGUAGAGAAUGUCCAAGAGAAAGGAUCAGUAUGAAAGAUGUUUUAGUAGAACUAAUAAAGAUCAAGCAUCAAUUUCAAUUUCUGAUGACACAUACAGUCAGGUUUUGA